AAACUUCCUCUUCUUCAAUUCCCGCAUCAUCAGGAAAACGAUGUCAACAACGGCAAGGAAGUCAUGCCCAUUGGUCCAAAUUUGGGGACGCGGUGCAUAAAAUCCCCGCAAGAGGACGAGACAAAAGAGUCUGAGAAACUCACCUCUGAGCAGAAGCUCCCCCUCCACCCGUGACACCAUGACCGAAUCGUGCUGCUCCCCUUGCUGCCAGCCUACGUGCUGCAGGACCACCUGCUGCAGGACCACCUGCUGCCAGCCCAGCUGCUGCGGGUGCGGCGGCGGCUGUGGACAAGGCGGCUGCGGGUCCAGCUGCUGUGGGUCCUGCUGCUGCCAGCCUUGCUGCUGCCGCCCAACUUGCUGCCAGACCACCUGCUGCAGGACCACCUGUUGCCGGCCCAGCUGCUGUGUGUCCAGCUGCUGUCAGCCCAGCUGCUGUGGCUCCAGCGGCUGCGGACAACCUUGCUGUGGCUCCAGCGGCUGUCAGAAGUUCGGUGACUGCUGCGUGCUUCGUCUGGGUGUGCUGCGGCUGUUUCUAUCGCCCUGCUUGAUUCUGCCUUCACACACGGAAGAGAUGAACUCGCAUAUCCUGCAGCCGAGAGUCUUCGAUCGAACUGGGAUAGGCAGUCCCCGCAAGAGGACGAGACAAAAGAGUCUGAGAAACUCACCUCUGAGCAGAAGCUCCCCCUCCACCCGUGACACCAUGACCGAAUCGUGCUGCUCCCCUUGCUGCCAGCCUACGUGCUGCAGGACCACCUGCUGCAGGACCACCUGCUGCCAGCCCAGCUGCUGCGGGUGCGGCGGCGGCUGUGGACAAGGCGGCUGCGGGUCCAGCUGCUGUGGGUCCUGCUGCUGCCAGCCUUGCUGCUGCCGCCCAACUUGCUGCCAGACCACCUGCUGCAGGACCACCUGUUGCCGGCCCAGCUGCUGUGUGUCCAGCUGCUGUCAGCCCAGCUGCUGUGGCUCCAGCGGCUGCGGACAACCUUGCUGUGGCUCCAGCGGCUGUCAGCCAGCCUGCUGUCCCCCUGUGUACUGCAGGAGGACCUGCUACCACCCCACCUGUUGCUGCUUGCCCGGAUGCCUCGCCCAGGGCUGUGGAUCCAGCUGCUGCUAGCCUGCUUGCCAGCCAAACGGCUGCCAUAACGCCUGCUGGAGGACCACCACAUACCCACGGCGGCCGCGGCCACCCCUGCUGCGUCUCCAGCUGCUGCCAGACUUCCUACGGACAACCGCCUCACCAAGAACCCACAAGGGCACACAGCACUGACUGGCCAGCGGGGAAACGGACACUGCCAAACGUUGCCGAAAGCCCGCAUGCAGUCGCCAACAUUUCUGCUACUCAUCUGCCUGUUUAAAAACCUUGGGAAUCGGCUUGAGGAAGUGUGGACCACUUCUCCUGAUUCUCUUCUUCCUCAGGUCUAGGGUGUCCCCUGCCAGCGUCACGCAGCCGGACGUGGAGUCAAGAUCUCUGCCUUGACUCCACAGUCAAGAUCGUCAUCCUGCCUGACGACCUUGGAGAAAUAAACCCCCUCACACCUGAUAGAAAUGUAUUCUUUUGCAACUAUUAAUGUCUGCGCAAGGAGGGUUUCCUUCUCAGUGCAUUCAUGGUCCUUGUAUGCGGAUUUCGUCCUGUCGGGACCCUUCUGCACGUCUCCCUAGACCCAGGGACUCUCACACGAGUG